AUGUCUGACGUUGAAGAUGAACGCAUUUCUGGAAAUGAGGAAGAAAACGCGGAAAAUGAGGAAAACGAAGAGAACGAAAAACCAGAGGAGACUGAACAAGCUAAGCCACCAUCAGUUGGAAUAAAAAGUCCAACUCCUGGACGUGCUUAUAAUUUGCCGGCCCAGCCAAAAUCUGUUAUUCGAAAAGCUCAGAUGUAUUCAGCAGGAAAACCAUCAAAACAUGAUAAAUCUAAACUUAUGCGCUCUGAAGGAAUCAUUCCCAUUCAAGCCGGUUCAAACAAAUAUGCUUCGCAGAAGGGAAUGACAGGGUUUGGUGCUCCUCGAGACGUUAUCGAUAAAGUCAAGGCUGAUAACCUUAAAGAGAUAACUGACGAAGAAAAAAUCAAAAAUUUAAAGCAGUCUACUUGGCUACAGUCUGGUACCAACAAGUUUGCUUCCCAGAAGGGUUUGACAGGUUUCGGAACUCCCCGUGAUGUCAACUACAAAGCCAAAGGAACUGGUGGAGCUAGUGAAGUACCAGAAGAAAAAGCUCGGCUAACUGACGGUAUUGUACCACUCCAGUCUGGCACCAAUAAAUUGGCCUCACAAGCAGGAAUGACUGGCAUGGGAAUGCCUCGAAUUGUCGAUGUGAGGAAGACGGUCGAACAAGAUCGCGACAGCCAAGGGUUCAUUCACCUUCAAAUGGGCACCAAUCGUUUUGCCAACCAGUCUGGGAUGACCGGUUUCGGUAUGCCUCGUCACAACAUUACUAAGUAUAAAGACGAACAAAGAGGUGAAAUGCCACACGAUGAGUCAGUCGUUUCUAGACAGACUAGUGGCUGGAAAGAAGGAGCGUCGCAAGCAGGAAUGACUGGCUUUGGUGCAUUCAGGAACAACACGGUAGCCAAUAUGCAAGCUCAAGAACAACGUUCUCAGGGGAUGAUACCUUAUCAAAUGGGUGUCAACUUUCUGGAUUCUCAAGCUGGAAAAACUGGAUUUGGCAUGCCAAGACAGGUGUAUACUCCGUACGUGGACGAUAGUCAUGAAGAAUUACCUCUGGACAUGGCGCGAAGACCUGAAGUACCGUUUUGGUCCGGACAAGAAACUGAAUUUGCAAACCAGACUGGUAUGUCAGCAUUUGGUACACCUCGCGAUGUACGUGGAGAAUAUAUACGGCGACUUUGGUGA